GGCGCGUAUGUUUUAUGUCGGCUGAAUAGCAAAUUGAGAAAGUUUCAUCGAUACCAGUUUUUUAUUAUCUUGUAUUCAAAACAUAUACAUGUGAUUUUGUAAGAACAUGCACAGUCAAUGUACAUAAGGAAAUCAACACAAAUAUUAAUGUUUACCGCUCAGGCGGUUAAGUGAACAAUGGAUUAUCAGCAUGGGCGGAAUUUCAUCUCUAAGCCUAGAACCUUGAAAACUUCGUCACGGAGGAGCGCUAACUUCAUCAUUUUGAUGUUUUUUGUUACCAUUAUUGUGCUUUUUGUUUGUGAAGUUAUUGGACAGGACCAAAAUGCGCCGCCUACUUUAUAUGUUCGAGAGCGAAACUGGCGAAUUUCGGAAGCAGAAGAGGUGGGCCAGAUUAUUGACCGUGUUCGUGCCGAAGAUGCUGAUGGCGAUGAUUUGGUAUUCGGAAUCGAACCACGCUUCCUCUCUCCAAUUGGAGCAAGUCAACACGCCAACACACCAAGUAAACUGCCCUUCCGCAUUGAUCCCAAUACGGGCGUGGUCUACCUCAACGAGACUUUGUUGGGACGCGCCGGUGAAAAUUUUCUAAUUUACAUAACUGUAUCAGAUGGACGGUACACCGCAAAAAAUGAAGUGUUCAUUAACAUACUGGGACGUCGCGAAAGCAGUGGAUUUCAGGGCUUUGGAUCUCGUUUACCGCCAUCGAUUUCUAACGUAGUGCAGAACAUUUCCCAGUUUUUACCCUCAUUCGACCAGCUACCAGGAGUACAGUCCAUUAGAAAUGGCUUGCCAAACAGGCGGCCAGACAUCAAUAGUGCAAACUUCGGAUUGCCUAAUUAUAACAAAUUUUAUACACCAGUAUCAACACCAGAUUUGAGUCAAACAGAAGAAGUCAACUUAAUAGAAUCAGAGCCGACAAUGACGUCUAUCUUGCCCCAAUCAACAAAAAGUUCCACUCUGCCGACGCCGCGUAGUCGCAUCAAGCUAAUACCAAUAGCAAAUUACACCUCAGACAAGCCGCUUGUAUCUCAGUCAGAGUCAAAAACACAUGAUAAAAAGAAUGCCGAUGAGACUAAGGCACUUUUUAGCAUAAACUCUUUCUCAACACCAAUUCUAAUUGGAUUUUGCGGAAUUCUUAUAGUAGCUGUAGUUAUUUUCGCCCUUGUUUGUCGCCGUCACCUAUGCGCUAUAAGCAAAACGAUGAAAAAGUCUAAGGAGAAGGAAGAGCUGGCCAAGAAGUCCAAUCCUAGUCAAUUUAGCAACACGCUUACAAACGACAGUCGAAAUUCGAUGGUUAUGCAACAGUGGCAAGGUCCUGCCGCUUUCAGAAAUCGCUACGUGCCCUGGGAGCGGGAGCAACAGCUUGGAAUAACGUCAACAUACCAACUUCCGACUAGUGCCGCAAAUAGCAUUGAUGUUUCAAUUGCCGCCUCCACUGUGGAAGCUGCUGGCUCAGGUGCCUUAUUACCCAAAGGCCGUGCCGUUUUAAUGGAAGGAGGCUUAAGCACUGACGACAACACCGAUCAGUGGGAAUUUCCAAGACACCGAUUGAAGUUCUUUAAUAUAUUAGGGGAAGGUGCCUUUGGGCAAGUUUGGCGCUGUGAAGCAACCGAUAUUGAUGGCUCUGGAGGUGUCACUACAGUUGCUGUUAAAACUUUAAAGGAAAGUGCAGAUGAAGUUGAAAAAAAAGAUUUGCUUUCCGAAUUAGAGGUAAGAAAAUCAAAUAUAUUUAUAACGUUAUAUACUUAUAUAAUGUAAACCGUUUAAUAUUUGCCUUAGU